AGCUCCAUCCAGCCUGGCCCAAGGAUGGAGUCCCUCCCUGAAGCAGUCCUGAUCAGAAUCCUGGCUUCCAUACCUGCGGUGGAUCUGGUGCUGGCGUGCCGCCUGGUCUGCUGCCAGUGGAAGAAUCUGGUCGAUGGAGCCGCGCUUUGGAUCCUGAAGUGUCAGCAGGAGGGCCUCACUGGAGCAGAGUCAGAGGAGAACGCAGAGAACUGGCAAAACUUCUACUUCCUGAGUAAGAAAAGAAAGAAUCUCAUCAAGAACCCAUGUGGUGAAGAAGACUUGCAGCACUGGGGAGAGGUAGAGAAUGGAGGUGAUGGCUGGAAAGUUGAAGAGCUCCCUGGGGACUUUGGAAAAGAAUUCCCUAGUGAAGAAGUCCAUAAAUACUUUGUUACAUCUUAUGAGUGGUGUCGAAAGGCUCAGGUGAUUGACCUUAGGGCUGAGGGCUACUGGGAAGAGCUGAUGGACACAACCCAGCCGAAAGUUGUGGUAAAAGACUGGUACGCAGGACGCAGCGACGCUGGCUGCCUCUAUGAGCUUUGUGUGAAGCUGCUCUCGGAGAACGAGGGUGUUCUGGCUGAGUACAGAAGCGAGACGAUUGCCAUCCCGCAGGACAACGAUGCCAACUGGACUGAGAUCUCCCACACCUUUUCCAGCUAUGGGCCUGGGGUCCGCUUUGUCCGCUUUGAACACGGUGGCCAGGACACGCUGUUCUGGAAGGGAUGGUAUGGCGUACGUGUCACCAACAGCAGCGUGACAGUGGAGCCGUAGCCAUGCUGAACGGG